AUGACGUCGCGGAUGAUGACGACGGUGGGUAAGAAGUUCCUGUCGAGGGCAACGACAGCGGUGACGUACCCACCUUUUGUGCGGAUUGUGGAAGUUGGACCCCGUGAUGGGUUACAGAAUGAAAAGACGUUCGUAUCGACCAACGAUAAAGUGACGUUUAUUAAUCUGUUAUCUGAGACGGGAUUAGUGGCUAUUGAAACGACGUCCUUUGUAUCUCCUAAAUGGGUUCCGCAGAUGGCUGACAAUCGGGAGGUUUUAAAGGGGAUUUUACGCAAACGUGGUGUAGUGUACCCUGUUUUGACACCGAAUCUGAAAGUGGUGCAGGGGUUUGAUCAUGCUGUGGAAGCAGGAGCAAACGAAGUAGCAAUCUUUGGUGCCGCUUCCGAGGCUUUUAGUCACAAGAAUAUUAAUUGUUCAAUUCAAGAAAGCUUAGAGCGUUUUCAACCCGUGUGUGAAAAGGCGGACGGACUUGGCAUUCGUGUUCGAGGCUAUGUAUCAUGUGUUGUAGGGUGUCCGUAUCAAGGAUCUGUUGAACCAUCUGCAGUUGCUGAUGUUGCUCUAAAGAUGCUUGAAAUGGGUUGCUAUGAAGUGUCAUUGAGUGAUACCAUUGGUAUUGGGAAUCCUGCAUCAACUCUCGCUAUGCUGCAAGCCGUGAAGCAGGUGGUUCCAGUGGAGAAUCUUGCCGUGCAUUUCCACGAUACGUACGGACAAGCGCUGGCCAACAUCCUCGUCGCACUGCAGGAAGGAAUUGCUGUCGUGGACAGCUCUGUCGCAGGUCUUGGUGGCUGUCCGUAUGCCAAUGGAGCUUCGGGGAAUGUCGCAACGGAAGAUGUUUUGUACAUGUUACAUGGUCUCGGGAUUAAAACUGGCGUGGAUCUUUUAAAAGUGAUUACUGCAGGUGAAUUCAUUACAAAUGUGCUUGGACGUUCCACUCACUCAAAAGUUGCUAUCGCUUUGGCAUCAAAGAAGAUCAGUCGUCUAUAA